AUGGAUCAAAAUUGGAUGAACUUCCCUAGAGGGUCAGAAGGUUUUAAAGCUGCUUUGAAUAUUUUUCUUGAUGGUUAUUUUGCAAAGGAUGCUAUUGGAGGAAAAACUUUUUGCCCUUGUAAAAAGUGUUCUAUGCGUUUUUGCCAUUCUAGAGACGUCAUUUAUGAUCAUUUGAUUGUUGACGGAUUCGUAAAGGGAUUCAGGGAGUGGGUCGUUCAAAGGGAAGCAUCUUCAUCUACAAGUAACGAUAUGUCUGGAAUUAAUGAUCAAAAUACAUAUGAUGAUAUCGAUGGUUUAUUACAUGAUACUUUUAUUGAGGUGGAAGAAGGUUUAGAUGGAGAUCAAGGUGUUCCAAGUGAGCCAAAUGAGGAGGCUAGAAAGUUUUAUAAGCUAGUAGAAGAAGGGAAGCAAGAGCUUUAUCCGGGCUGUAAAACUUUCUCAAUGUUAUCCUUCAUAAUCCGUUUAUUUCUCUUCCAGGUCCUUAAUGGCUUAAGCAAUGCGGCCUUUGGGGAUCUCUUAGAGUUAUUAAGAGAGGCGUUUCCUAUGGCUCGACUUCCAAAGUCCUAUAACGAAUCUAAGAAUAUAAUCAAGGAUUUGGGUCUUGAUUAUAAAAAGAUACAUGCUUGUCCCAACGAUUGCAUUCUUUACAGGAAGAAGUAUGAAGGAGCUGAUGUUUAUCCCAAGUGUGAAAUAUCAAGGUGGAAGUCUAAGAACGUCCCUGCAAAGGUUUUGAGACAUUUUCCUUUGAAGCCUAGACUCCAAAGACUUUUCAUGUGUUCUAAAACAGCCGAGUCAAUGGUUUGGCAUGAUAAAGAGCGAACAAAAGAUGACAAAAUUAGACAUCCAGCAGAUGCACAAUCUUGGAAGGACUUUGAUGAGACGUAUCCUGACUUUAAAAAGGAACCAUGA